GAAUAAAAAUAAUUCAUUUGGUGUGAACGUUUCGUGGCGGUUGUAGCCGUAUCGAGUAAUUAAAUGUGCGGUACACUAAUUACGAUUGUCCUCUUAAUUAACUCAUACUAAAAUGCUGUGAUCGAAUGGGAACAAAUCGAAAAGGUUGCGCGUAAACGUAAGACUCAUUUUCACUAGUUCAAAUGGCCCUCGGUAAUGGUAGCACAACAACAACAACCAAUGGAGGUGUUACGCAGGAGAAGGCGCCCGUCGUUAACGGGACGAAUAUGGAAACGCUGGCGCGAACUGGAAAACAGGCCGACCCAAACACCGCAUUCCUACGCGCCGCCCGAGCCGGACAUUUAGACAAAAUACAAGAGUACCUGGAUUCUGGUACGGUGCGCGACAUCAACACGUCGAAUGCCAACGGUCUCAACGCCUUGCAUUUGGCCGCGAAAGAUGGACACCUGGAAGUCGUUCAGGACCUUUUGAAAAGGGGUGCUAUAGUCGACGCGGCUACCAAAAAAGGCAACACCGCUCUACACAUCGCCUCUCUUGCCGGCCAAGAAGAGGUCGUACGUUUACUCAUUCAUCAUGGUGCUUCCAUUAACGUACAGUCGCAGAACGGUUUCACGCCGCUCUAUAUGGCAGCUCAGGAAAAUCACGACGGGUGUGUUAAGUAUUUAUUGUCGAAGGGUGGAAAUCAGACGCUCGCAACUGAGGAUGGGUUCACGCCGCUCGCGGUCGCGAUGCAGCAGGGGCACGAUAAGGUCGUGACCGUGCUUUUGGAAAAUGACACCAGGGGGAAGGUUCGGUUACCCGCCCUUCACAUUGCAGCUAAGAAGGAUGACGUUAAGGCGGCAGCUUUACUUUUACAGAAUGAUCACAAUCCCGACGUAACCUCAAAGAGCGGCUUCACUCCCUUACACAUAGCAGCUCAUUACGGCAACGACAAAGUGGCCUCGUUGCUGCACGACAAGGGCGCCGAUGUUAACUACACCGCCAAGCACAGCAUAACUCCGCUACACGUCGCCAGCAAGUGGGGAAAAAUAAACAUGGUGUCACUACUGGUGGCGAAGGGGGCGAAUAUUCAGGCGAAAACGCGCGACGGUCUGACGCCUUUGCAUUGCGCAGCGAGGUCCGGUCACGAUCAAGUCGUCGACAUGCUCCUCGAGAAUGGCGCUCCGAUGCACGCCAAGACCAAGAAUGGUUUGGCACCCCUACACAUGGCGGCUCAGGGCGAGCACGUGGACGCCGCCCGAAUUUUGCUGUAUCACGGCGCGCCGGUCGACGAGGUCACCGUCGACUAUUUGACGGCGCUGCACGUCGCGGCGCACUGCGGUCACAUCCGCGUCGCGAAGCUGCUGCUCGACCGACAGGCGGAUCCGAACGCGCGCGCCCUCAACGGCUUCACCCCGCUACACAUCGCCUGCAAGAAGAAUCGCAUCAAGAUGGUCGAGCUGCUUUUAAAACACGGAGCUAGUAUCGGCGCGACGACGGAGAGCGGACUGACGCCGCUGCACGUCGCCAGCUUCAUGGGAUGCAUGAACAUCGUCAUCUACCUGCUGCAGCACGAGGCGAAUCCCGACGUUCCGACCGUUAGGGGCGAGAGCUCGUUACAUUUGGCGGCGAGAGCGAAUCAGACGGACAUAAUUAGAAUUUUGUUACGUAACGGCGCAGCUGUCGACGCGAAAGCCCGAGAGGAGCAGACGCCGCUACACGUUGCGGCGCGACUAGGAAAUGUCGACAUCGUUAUGCUUUUACUGCAGCACGGCGCGAAUCCUCACGCGAGCACCAAAGAUCUGUACACACCCCUGCAUAUAGCCGCCAAGGAGGGGCAAGAGGAGGUGGCGUUCGCGCUGCUGGAUAACGGCGCGGAUUUAUCCGCGACAACCAAGAAGGGCUUCACGCCUCUGCACUUGGCGGCGAAAUACGGACAUUUAAACGUCGCCCGUCUUUUACUGCAGCGCGACGCUCCCGCCGACACGCAAGGGAAGAACGGCGUCACACCUCUACAUGUCGCCGCGCACUACGAUCACCAACCGAUCGCGCUCCUUCUGCUCGAUAAGGGCGCGUCUCCGCACGCGGUGGCGAAGAACGGCCACACCCCGCUGCACAUCGCCGCACGGAAGAAUCAGAUGGACAUCGCUACGACUCUUUUGGAAUAUGGAGCGCAGCCCGACGCCGAAUCUAAGGCCGGGUUUACGCCUUUGCACUUGAGCGCGCAGGAGGGCCACUCCGAUAUGUCAUCGCUAUUGUUGGAGCAUCAUGUUAAUCCCAGUCACGCGGCGAAGAACGGAUUGACACCCCUCCACCUCUGCGCCCAAGAAGAUCGCGUCCCCGUCGCCCAGCUACUGCUGCGCGCCGGCGCGCCGUCCGACUCGCGCACCAAAUCCAACUACACCCCGCUUCACGUCGCCUGCCACAACGGUCACGUCAACAUGGUUCGGCUGUUAAUCGAGCACGGGGCCGAGGUGAACCCCACCACGACAUCGGGUUACACGCCGCUCCACCAGGCGGCGCAGCAGGGUCACGUUCUCGUCAUUAACCUACUGCUGAAAAACCGGGCGGAUCCCAACGCUGUUACUAAUAAUGGACAAACUGCGCUAGGCAUCGCCAAUAAGCUUGGGUAUAUAAGUGUCGUGGAGGAGCUAAAGGUCGUCACGGAAACGAACAUAACCACCACCACUACGAUUAACAUAGAGGAAAAGUAUAAGGUUGUCGCACCUGAAGCUAUGCAAGAGACGUUUAUGUCUGACUCUGAAGAUGAAGGAGGCAUUGUGGAUGAGCCCAUUGUGGUUUACGGUCGUCCCGUGCAUGCUCAGCAUGUGUACAUGCCCUUCUAUCAGGGAAAUAUGAAUUACACAAGUGAAGAUCCCAUUUUGGGCGAUCAGCAGCAGUACAAGUACAUGACGAUGGACGAUAUGAAAUCUUUGGCGGACGACGGGCGAAUGGACGUCACCAACGAUGAGAAGAGCGAUAACAGAAUUUCGAUGGCUCCUUCGAGUAUAAGCGACUACAUGACUACGGCACAGGCGAACCAGUACUACGCGGCGAAAGCCAAGCAGUACCAGACGGAGAGCACGGUCGCGGAUAACGUUGACAUAAAUCGUCAACCGAUAACGGUCGGCUUUCUGGUGUCGUUUUUGGUGGACGCGAGAGGUGGGGCUAUGCGAGGAUGUCGACACUCGGGCGUUCGUGUGAUUGUACCGCCGCAAUGCGCGGCGAGCCCCACACGCAUCACCUGCCGCUACGUUCGUCCGCAGCGAAUUACAAAUCCGCCGCCUUUGAUGGAGGGGGAGGCGCUUGCCAGUCGUGUACUCGAGCUCGGCCCGGUCGGCGCAAAAUUUUUGGGACCAGUCAUACUCGAAGUUCCGCACUUCGCUUCGCUGCGGGGGAAGCAGCGCGAGAUUAUCGUGCUUCGUUCCGACAACGGAGAGACGUGGAAGGAGCACACGUUGGAGUCGAGCGAGGAGGCGAUUCAAGACGUUUUAAAUCACAGUUUCGAAGGAGAAGAACUUAAUCAAAUCGAAGAUCUGCACACGAGUCGCAUCACGCGGAUUUUGACCAACGACUUCCCGCACUAUUUCGCAAUCGUCUCUCGCAUUCGACAAGAAGUUCACGCGAUCGGUCCGGAAGGCGGAACAGUGUCGAGUUCUGCCGUUCCGUUGGUGCAGGCUGUCUUCCCACAGAACGCGCUCACUAAAAAGAUACGGGUCGGAUUACAGGCGCAGGCGAUCGAACCGGAAACAGUUGCGAAGUUGUUGGGCCACGGCGUCGCCGUAUCGCCUGUGGUAACCGUCGAACCACGUCGACGCAAAUUUCACAAGGCAAUCAUGCUUAGCAUGCCAGCGCCGCGCGCACAUUCCCAGGGGAUGAUUAAUCAGUAUUCUGGAUCGGCACCUACCCUUCGAUUGCUAUGUUCAAUCACAGGAGGUCAAAAUAAAGCGGUAUGGGAGGAUGUUACCGGCUCCACCCCGCUUUCAUUCGUCAAGGAUUGUGUGUCGUUUACGACGACAGUAUCGGCAAGAUUCUGGCUUAUGGACUGUCGAAACGUGUCCGAAUCUGCGCGUAUGGCAACUGAAUUAUACACUCAUCACGCUCACGUACCUUUCAUGGCGAAGUUUGUGGUGUUCGCGAAACGGAUAAGCGUAUUGGAGGCACGGGUUAGAGUCUUCUGCAUGACCGACGAUAAGGAAGAGAAAACUUUAGAACACCAAGAGCAAUUCACUGAAAUAGCCAAGAGUCGCGAUAUCGAAGUAUUGGAAGGAAAAGAUAUUUAUAUGGAAUUUUCCGGAAACUUAGUGCCAAUCUUGCAGUCGGACGACCAACCCAAAUUCUGCUUUCAGGCGUUUAGAGAAAAUCGUUUAGCUUUCACCAUGCGACUUAGAGACGCCGAUGACGAGGCGACAACUCGCAUAGUUUUCAAAAGCGAUCCUAAGGUGGCGCGAGGGGAACCGACCCAAAUACCUUUGUGCACGCUUAACUUAGUCUUGCCAAAGGAUGUGUGUCCCGAUCGCAGUUCCCAGUCGGAUUUGCUCUCCCUAGAGAAGGACCACAGCUACCUACAUCAUGGUGGAAUAA